ACCGCUCCUCUCCGGACUGUUGGAUCACAUGCUGGGAAGGUUUGAAGUUGCUGCUUCAUGUCACACACAAAAGUGAAUGGCACACGGAUGCAGAAGUGACACUGAGGCGACCAGAGUGAAGGAGAGACAAUCAGAGCUGAUCCACGGCAGCUGGGUGAAGUCCACGCGGCGGGAGAACAAGGAGAAGAAGCGCGCGUGGAGCGGAUGAAGAUGAGUGCCACGGGAGGCUAUAGUAUCCCACCACCGGCGUCUCCGAUACCCAGCCUUUAGGACGCACGGAGAGUCACGGCACGUUGAAUUUGGGCCAGUUGAGAAAGUUCUGCGACUGUGUACAAUGUUUAUAAAUGGGUCUCACCUGAACAGCUCCUCGCGAGACCCCAGUGACACCGUCCUGAACCGCCCACCGUGGGUUACCACAACUUUAGGGUGCUUUCUCAUCUUCACGAUCGUUGUUGACAUCCUGGGCAACCUCUUGGUCAUCUUCUCCGUGUAUCGGAACAAGAAGCUGAGGAACGCAGGGAAUAUCUUUGUGGUGAGCCUGGCAGUGGCAGACCUUGUGGUGGCCAUCUACCCGUACCCUCUGGUCCUCACCUCCAUCUUCCACCAUGGCUGGAACCUGGGUUAUGUUCACUGCCAGAUCAGCGGCUUCCUCAUGGGCAUCAGCGUCAUCGGCUCCAUCUUCAACAUCACCGGCAUUGCCAUCAACCGUUAUUGUUAUAUCUGCCACAGCCUCAAGUAUGAUAAACUAUACAGUGACAAAAACUCUGUCUGCUAUGUAAUGUUAAUCUGGGCGCUGACUGUGGUGGCCAUCGUGCCCAACCUGUUUGUGGGUUCACUUCAGUAUGACCCACGGGUUUAUUCCUGCACAUUUGAGCAGUCAGCCAGCUCAGCCUACACCAUCGCAGUGGUUUUCUUUCACUUUAUUUUACCCAUCAUGAUUGUCACAUAUUGCUACCUACGCAUUUGGAUACUGGUUAUACAGGUGAGGAGACGGGUCAAGCCAGAUAACCGGCCCAAGCUAACGCCACACGACGUUAGAAACUUUGUCACCAUGUUUGUGGUGUUUGUGCUCUUUGCCGUUUGCUGGGCGCCGCUCAACUUCAUCGGCCUGGCCGUCGCGAUCAAACCAGAGGUGGUGGUUCGUCUCAUCCCGGAGUGGUUAUUUGUGGCAAGCUAUUUCAUGGCCUACUUCAACAGCUGCCUUAAUGCCAUUGUGUAUGGUGUGCUGAACCAGAACUUCCGGCGUGAAUACAAACGCAUUGUUGUGUCAGUGUGCACGGCACGCAUCUUUUUCCAGGACAGCUCCAACGACGCGGGGGAGAGGCUCAAGUGUAAACCAUCACCCCUCAUGACCAACAAUAACCAAGUCAAGGUGGACUCUGUCUGAACCAGAACUCAGAGGAAUACUGAGUGGACAUAAAAAGAUAGGCUGUGACUGCGAGUAAAAAAAGAAAAAAGAAAAAUACCAAAUAUAAAACAGCUUAUAUCCUUUAAACUGUCCACAGUCUGUCAUAUGGUGCUAUCUGACCUCACAGUAAAAACAGAGCUUUGUCUUUCAUCAAGCACUUCUGACUCUGCAGUACUUGUAGUACAGUAAAUAUAUGAUGUAUGUUUUGUUUUUCAUGUUUACAGUGAUGAUAUAAAUGUAUCAUGCAUAUAAGUAUUUAUUUUAUAUGAAAUGUCAUGUAGAAAUAUAGUAAGAUUUAUUGGGUUCCAGUUAAAUAAGGACAACAUUUUAUCAGGCAUAUAAAACAAUUCUACAAAACUUGAAAAUAUAACCAUAAGUUUAUAAAUGAAGUUAACCAAUUUUAACAACCUCAUUUGUUAAUUGAGAUCAAGCAAUGUGGGUUGCUGCUGUCUUAUUAUACCCCGCAAUACAUGAAGUGGAAUAUAUAUUUUAGUCUCUCUCGCUCUCUCUCUCUCUCUCUCUCUCGCUCUCUUUCUCUUUUCCACCUUGUGAGCUCAUUAUACAAUACUGUAUGCAUGGAUAUGCAGGAAUAGUUCAAAUGCUAAAUAAAAUCUGAUAUUGAUGGAGGA